GGAGCUACCAGUGAGGGCCGCUCGGCCGGGCGGCGGCGCGCGGAGGACGCACGGGCGGCGGGACUCUGGGACGGCAGCGGCUGGAGCGCGGGAGGUAUUGAAAGACGGAGAAGUGAGGACAGAGACGUGGAGAGACAGGGAGAGAGAAGUGAAGAGAGACGCAGAGAGACAGACGUGGAGAGACGCAGAGACGGGGAGAGAGACGAAGUAAGACGCAAAGCAAGUGGGGCGUGAGACAGGACAAGCUCGGCUGCCCCUGGAGCCCCAGCCCCGCCUUCAUGCCCGGCAGGUGCCCCAUCUGGCCCAUCCUCCCAGACUCCUGACUCCAGGCUCCAUCACACCCCGUUCCCAGGUAAGCCUCAGCCUGUGCUGCAGGCGGUCUGACUCACGUCUUCCAAGUGACUCUCGAGGGACAUCUGCAGCAAGAGGAUGGCCCAAGUCCUGCACGUGCCAGCCCCCUUCCCAGGGACCCCUGGCCCAGCCUCCCCGCCCGCCUUCCCCGCCAAGGAGCCCGACCUGCCCUACUCCGUGGAGACGCCCUAUGGCUACCGCCUGGACCUGGACUUUCUUAAGUACGUGGAUGACAUUGAGAAGGGCCACACACUACGGCGGGUGGCUGUGCAGCGCCGGCCGCGCCUGGGCUCCCUGCCCCGCGGCCCUGGCUCCUGGUGGACCUCCACUGAGUCCCUGUGCUCCAACGCCAGUGGGGACAGCCGCCACUCAGCCUACUCCUACUGUGGCCGCGGCUUCUACCCACAGUACGGCGCCCUGGAGGCCCGCGCCGGCUUCAACCCUCGCGUGGAGCGCACGCUGCUGGAUGCCCGUCGCCGCCUCGAGGACCAGACGGCCACACCCACCGGGCUGGGCUCCCUGACCCCCAGCGCGGCCGGCUCAACGAGCUCAUUGGUGGGUGUGGGGCUGCCACCCCCGACUCCGAGAAGCUCGGGACUGUCCACGCCGGUGCCGCCCAGCGCGGGCCACCUGGCCCACGUGCGGGAGCAGAUGGCUGGUGCCCUGCGGAAACUGCGGCAGCUGGAGGAGCAGGUGAAGCUGAUCCCCGUGCUCCAGGUGAAGCUGUCGGUACUGCAGGAGGAGAAGCGGCAGCUCACGGUGCAGCUCAAGAGCCAGAAAUUCCUAGGCCACCCCACAGGGGCCCGGGGCCGAAGCGAGCUCUGCCUGGAUCUCCCUGAGACCCCCGAGGACCCGGUGGCCCUCGAGACCCGGAGCGUGGGCACGUGGGUCCGAGAACGGGACUUGGGCAUGCCCGAUGGGGAGGCAGCCCUUGCCGCUAAGGUUGCCGUGCUGGAGACCCAGCUCAAGAAAGCGCUCCAGGAGCUGCAGGCAGCUCAGGCCCGGCAGGCCGACCUCCAGCCCCAGGCCUGGCCACCACCGGACAGUCCGGUCCGUGUGGACACCGUCCGGGUGGUGGAGGGCCCUCGGGAGGUGGAGGUGGCAGCCAGCACAGCUGCCGGGGCCCCUGCACAGCGAGCCCAAAGUCUGGAGCCCUACGGGACAGGGCUGCGGGCCCUGGCGACUUCCAGUGGGGCUGAGAGCCCCCCUGUAUUCCGCAGCCAUGAGGUGGUGGAGACAAUGUUCCCAAUGCCCACUGCAUCCACCAGCAACGUCCACCUGGUGAAGAAGAUCAGCAUCACAGAGCGCAGCUGCGAUGGGGUAGCAGGUCUCCCACAGGCUCCUGCAGAGUCGUCCUCCUCACGCACGGAGUCUGAGGGGCCCUCCCUGGCACAGCCCGAGAAGAACACAGGCCGGGUGCCUGCCUGUGAUGCCACCAACAGGGAGCCCACCAGGCAAGCAGCCUCUCAGGAGUUGGAGUCACAGGAGGCCGGGGGAGUAGGUGGGGCCCAGGCAGGCGUGCGGUCCAUCAUGAAGCGGAAAGAGGAGCCCGCAGACCCCGAGGGCCGGCGGAGGAGCCUCCAGUUCGUGGGGGUCAACGGCAGGUAUGAGUCCUCAUCUGAGGACUCCAGCACGGCAGAGAACUUCUCGGACAACGAGAGCACAGAGAACGAGGCCCCGGAGCCGGAGGAGAGGGUCCCGAGUGUGGCCGAAGCCCCCCAGCUCAGGCCCAAGGAGAUGGCAAAGGCCAAGACCAGCCAGGAGGAGUGCCAGCUGUCCCGGGAGCCUCGGCACAUGCCCACAGCUGAGGGGGCGUCAGGAUCCAAUGCAGAGGAGGAGAUCCGGAUGGAGCUCAGCCCCGACCUCAUCUCAGCCUGCUUGGCCCUGGAGAAGUACCUGGACAACCCCAAAGCCCUCAGCGAGCGGGAGCUGAAAGUGGCCUACACCACGGUGCUGCAGGAGUGGCUGCGCCUGGCCUGCCGCAGCGACGCCCACCCGGAGCUGGUGCGGCGCCACCUGGUCACCUUCCGGGCCAUGUCAGCGCGGCUGCUGGACUACGUGGUCAACAUCGCCGACAGCAACGGCAACACCGCGCUGCACUACUCCGUGUCCCACGCCAACUUCCCCGUGGUGCGGCAGCUGCUGGACAGCGGCGUCUGCCAGGUGGACAAGCAGAACAGAGCCGGCUACAGCCCCAUCAUGCUCACCGCCCUGGCCACCCUGAAGACCCCGGAUGACCUCGAGACUGUCCUGCAGCUCUUCCGGCUCGGAGACGUCAACGCCAAAGCCAGCCAGGCGGGGCAGACAGCCCUGAUGCUGGCAGUCAGCCACGGGCGGGUGGACGUGGUCAAAGCCUUGCUUUCCUGCGAGGCGGACGUCAACGUGCAAGAUGAUGACGGCUCCACAGCCCUCAUGUGCGCCUGCGAGCACGGCCACAAGGAGAUCACGGGGCUGCUGCUAGCCGUGCCCAGCUGCGACAUCUCCAUCACCGACCGUGAUGGGAGCACAGCUUUGAUGGUGGCCUUGGACGCGGGACACAGUGAAAUUGCCUCCAUGCUGUAUUCCCGCAUGAACAUCAAGUGCUCGUUUGCCCCGAUGUCUGAUGAUGAGAGCCCUGCGUCAUCCUCUGCAGAAGAGUAGCUGUGAGGGGGUGGUCCCCAGAGGUGCCUCUCCUCGGGGAAGGGGGUGCCAGGCAGCCCCAGAGUGGAGCCUCGUCCCUCAUCCCUCCUCCCUGGUCCCCUCCCUGGCCAGCCCCCAACCCAUCCCCACCAAGGCCCAAGUCUUCAAGGCAAGUGGGUUUUUCUUCUGCUUCCCGGGGGGAGCCCCCAACAGCGACAAGACUUCAGCUAUAAGCUGGUUUUUCCUAGUACCCCAGUUCAAAGCAGCCGCAACGCAGACCAGAGCUAAAUUCUUAUAUAAUUGGUGCCAGUGGCUGAUGCUGGGGCGUGGGUUUGUGAAGAACACUGAGAACAAUUGACUGGCAAUAUACGUGGAGGAGGGUGAGAGGGGAAAAAUAUUGUAUUUUUAAAUCAUUGUCAGGGGAGAGGGGAAAAAAAUCAGGUUAUUUGUUGCCAGAUUUGAAAGUCACUGGAAUCGCACAUUUUCCUUUGAAUCCUGAAUGUUACUACACAUGGAUCGGAUCGCGUCUGGAGUGGCGUAACGCCCCCUCGCCACACCUCCCCCUCCAUUUAAUUGUCUGGUAUAUAAUAGCAUCUUGUCCACUCCCACCCGACCCCAGACGGCUUUCUUAGUGGAAUUUUCUUCUGGUCUCUUCACACAGCAGAUCCUGUCCUUGUCACCCGGGGUAGGAAAUGUCAUUGUUUCUUCUGCGUUCUGCUUGUUGUCACAGCCAGUGUCACCCCUAUUCAGGUGGGGUGGGGUGGGGGGAGCUCAGGACCCAGCAGCCGAGAUGUGCCAGCAGUUCCCAUGGAGAAAUUACCCAGCAAUCCAUCCCCUCCCUGCAGGGGGGCCCUGGCAGAUACUCAUUUUCCUAGAAAAAUCCUUCAGACCUGGAGACGCAGGAAAUGAAUCCAGUUCCCAGAGUGGCCGCUGCAUCCCUGGGCUUGGCACCCCAGUGACGGGGCCAUCCUUGUCCUCUCCAGACUCCAGAAUUUCUCUCCUCAAAGGAAAGAAAACAGGGCAUGAGACUGUGGCAAAGCAUUGGCGCAGGGCCAGCAACGCCAUGUGUGCUCCAUUAAAAGUUGGCUGCCCCCAAGGGCUCCCAGUGCAAACUUAAAGAGACAGGGCUUUGCCGAAAACCAAACAAGGGCCAGCUGGGUUUUUUUGGGUUUUUUGUUUUUUGUGUGCUUUUUUUUUUUUUUGGUUUUCAAACAACCUACAGGCUUUCCAGAGCUGCCUGGAAUGGAGCCUGCUGGAAAUGGGGCUCUCCCAGCACACGCAGUUCCCUGCAUGACCUGUUUUGUCCUGAGAAUCUCAAUGCAGUUUUUUCUCAUUCUUUCCUUUUGUGACCAAAAAGAAGGUGGGGACCAGGUUUUGAGUCUCAAAAAGUGCCUUGUGACUGGACAGUGAGACCCCUAGCUCUUAGGUGUCCUGCCCUCCCUUGUCCAUUUCUCAGCUCGGCCAUCAGGGUUGAAGCCAAACCCCAGCAGGACAGAGCAGUCCCUUCGGCCCUUACAUGUUCAUUCAGUAAAGCUAAGUGCAGGCUUCUCUCCUAGAAAAGUAGGUUUCCUGGCUUGAUAGAGUCCGGCUUGCUUUGAUUCUGAUGGAAGGGAUGUUUCCUAAGACAGAGAGCUUGGAUGAUGAAAGGAGACAUCCCGGUUUGAGUGUGUGUGUGUGUGUUUGUGCACGCGCACACACAUGUACGCAUAAACUGGAGGGGGGACAGAACCCAAGCUGACUUGGGGUGAGCAUUAACAGAAGGCCACAGCUCUGGGCAGCUUUGAGAAGUGGUACAAAAGUUGUGUGCCUGUGUGUCUGGCCCUGGAGCCAGUGGGUGUGUUUAUUUGAAACUUCCAGAAGCAGCUCUUUAAACUGCGCCCCCCCCACCAUAAGUCCGUAUUUAUCCCUGUGUUCUCUUGUCCCCUACGCCCAUUGGGCUUGGCGUGUCAGUCUACAGGGGUCCUGCCUCUGACCCUGCUCUCUUCUCACAUGUACUCAUGACCUUGAACUUCACUUUCCGACCACGGUACGUCCAUAAAGUCAGUAUUACACUUAAAUGAAGUAUUCCUUUUUGUAAUCGUUUUUUAGAAGGUAAAGGAAUUUAAUAAAGCUACCUUAUGAUAAUACCAAA